AUGACUGACUUUCCGCAGUACCUUUCCAUGCAGGCGUACAAGUCGCAGUACGAUGCCCUCCUCAAGCGUGAGACCGGAAGCAAAGUCCAGACUCUCUGGCUUCACCUGCUCACCCUCUACUUCCCACACGAAAAAGGAUUCGGCCUCCUGUUCCAGGACUGGCCCUGCGAGGGAACCCUCGAUCUCUCCAUUGCGUACCUUGCGCCCUGCAUGCCUGACACCCGGGACCUACGACACCAGCCGAAAAAUAUGUUCUUCCUUAUCUCCGAAAACCGCGAGCAUGAUGAUAACCCCGAGAGCAUCGCCCGCAUCCUCAAGAAGUUCGCCAAGAAGAUGAAGAAGUUGACCACCAAGGAACAGGAGAAUGAGAUCUUGUGUGCGGCUGUUGCCACUGGUACCCAUGUUCGUUUCUUCUGGCUCGAGGUCGGACAUGAGGAGCUGACGGAGGGCGACUUUGGCGCAUACCUGGAACUUUCCGAGAACGAGGGUGCGAUCAAUGUGAUCUUGGAACAGUUCAAAUAUGAUCUGGUUGGCGCAUGGGGGCUGGAUUAA